AUGACAAGGAUGCAGAGAUCCUUCAGCACGAUUGCAACAGAUUGGGAUACUGAAAUUUCAAGAGCAGCGGAUCCUGGUGAUUCUUCUUCUGUGAUUCCAUCCAAGGAUUCAGGAGACAUUCCCUCAUUUGAUGAAUGGAAAAAGAAAGUGAUGGAAGAAGAAAAAGAGAAAAGCCAGUCAUUGCAUACCUCUAGUGGUGUCCUACAUUCUGUGAAAAAGCUACAGAAAAACUUCAAUAACUAUGCCUCUGUGGAGUGUGGAGCCAAAAUUCUGGCUGCAAAUCCAGAAGCAAAGAGCAAUUCAGCAAUUCUAAUGGAAAAUAUGGACCUGUACAUGUUAAACCCAUGCAGCGCAAAAAUCUGGUUUGUAAUAGAGCUGUGUGAGCCAAUCCAAGUCAGACAGCUUGACAUUGCAAAUUUCGAGUUAUUUUCUUCUACGCCAAAGGACUUUCUGGUUUCCAUCAGUGACAGAUAUCCCACUAAUAAAUGGGUUAAACUAGGAACAUUCCAUGCUCUGGAUGAGAGAACUGUGCAAAGCUUUCCUUUAGAUGAGCAAAUGUAUGCCAAGUAUGUCAAGAUGUUCAUCAAAUACAUAAAGGUGGAAUUAGUAUCGCACUUUGGGUCAGAACACUUCUGUCCCCUUAGCCUCAUAAGGGUGUUUGGUACCAGCAUGGUUGAGGAAUACGAAGAAAUUGCAGAAUCACAGUACAAUGCAGAACGCCUUGAAUAUCUUGAUGAAGAUUAUGAUUACCCACUGGAUUAUGGCACCCGAGAAGAAAAAUCCUCAAAAAACCUACUCGGUUCAGCCACAAUUUCAGUCAAUGGAAGUAUUAGAUCUGAGAAUGAAACUACAAAAUUGGAUGUACCUGUGCCUGACUCUAGCCCCACCUCUUCAAUGCCAGAGCCAGAUGUAGGUGAUCAUUCUGUGACUGAGGAAGCUGGUGAACCAGAGAGAGCACCUUCCGAUUCAAGUACUCGUAAGGAGAGUCUAAUUGUCCAAUUGGUACAUGAAGAUGAUGAAGAACUGGUAAAUCGGCAGUCAACUGUCACACUUCUAAAACCUGAAGAUGAUGACUAUGAUUAUAAUAAAGGCAGCUGGCAUGAAACUGAAACACAGAUGUACUGCAGUGAACUGCCCACUAUUUCUUGUAUUUCUAGUUUCCCUGAGUACAUUUACAAAUGCUGCUUUCUUGCUGCAGCCCUCCAACGGCAACGCAGUGUGACGUUUGGUGGUGAAACCAUCGAACCAGUUUCUGACAUCCAGCUUCUAACUAGGCAAGAGGAGCCUCUUUUAGUAAAUGAAACAAAAGAAACAGGGGGCGAAUUGGACAGCUUGAUGCCUGAAAAAGUGUCUACAAUUAGCAAUGAAAGUCAGUUUAGUACUAAUUUGUCCGAGAAUUUAUUUAAUCACACUGACUCUAUUGAGUUGGAACCCAGCCAUCCUCCACCUGCUUCGCAUUCUCCUGAAGUCAGUACAUCUGAUAUAAAAUAUGAUGUGAAAUGUACUGCCAUUCUUCAAAGUUCUCAUCAUGGUAUCACUGACACACUGGCUGACCAGGUCCAUCUUCAACCAGAGCUUACUGUACCUAUUCUGGAUCAAGGUACAGAACCUAAACUGGAGACACCACAAAAAGAAGCAACUAAAGGUCUAGAAGAAACUUUGCUCAUAUUAGAAACUGAAACUGCUAAUGAGACUAGUUUGGGGGUUUUAUUAAAUGGGUCUGUGAAUGCAAACCAAGAAACUGCUCAAGUACCAAUAACCCCCACAGUACCUAUACAGACAGCUGAUACUGUAGUCGAAUAUCCAACAACUGAGAUUCAGAAUGAAACAGCUAGUGGUAAAAGUACCUUGGUAGAAUCGGAAGUACCUUUGCUGCCUUCAGGUUCAGAUAUGUCAUCAGCAACAGAGAUAAAAGAUGAAGAACAAGCUGCAGAAGAUAUCCUCCUGUCUGUUCCAUCCUCAAAUGGGCUAAACAGAACAGUUACUGAUUUCUAUGCAGAAUUGCACAAUGUUACUGAUUUGGGAUACACUAACGGGAAUCAAGUACAUGGAUCCAACCAAAAGGAAUCUGUAUUUAUGCGUCUCAACAACCGUAUUAAAGCAUUAGAAAUGAACAUGUCGCUCAGUAGCCGCUAUCUGGAAGAACUGAGUCAGCGGUAUCGCAAACAAAUGGAAGAAAUGCAGAAGGCAUUUAACAAGACCAUUAUAAAACUACAGAACACUUCAAGAAUUGCUGAGGAGAAGGAUCAAAGGCAAACUGAAGCAAUUGGUUUACUUCAAGGACAACUUGCAAACAUGACAGAACUGGUUAGAAAUCUAUCUGAAACAGUGAUAAAACUGGAACAUGAGGUUGCAGACCGCCAGAGCUACCUUGUGGUUUCUUUAGCUCUCUGUAUAAUUCUCGUAAUACUGCUUUGUGUGCAGCGAUGUUGGAACAGACCGAUAUCACAUGACAUUCACUCACCUACCAUUCCCAAAAGCAAUCACUACCCAAGCCCAAAAAGAUGUUUUUCUUCCUAUGAUGACAUGAAUCUUCGCAGGCGAACAUCGUUCCCCCUUGUUCGGUCAAAAUCAUUUCAGUUACCUACAACAGAAGUGGGCCCAGAUGACUUGUACAUUGUAGAACCGCUAAAGUUUUUACAGGACAAUAAAAAGAAAAAACGCUGCAGAGCGAAAACAGAGAAGGUUCAAACCACAAAACCUACAGAGUCUGUAAUUCCAAUAGUUAACGGCGGGAUAAAACCUUGCAAACCUCUUUCAAAUCCAAGUGACUUUUCUACCACGGGUGUUGUCUACAGUUCUUCUCACAAAGGUCCCCCAUCUGAAGGGGGUUCAGAGACCUCCUCGCAAUCAGAAGAAUCCUAUUUCUGUGGAAUUUCAGCCUGCACAAGCCUCUGCAAUGGACAACCACAAAAGACUAAAACUGAAAAACGAUCUUUAAAAAGGAAGAAGUCAAAGGUCACAGAUCAAGGGAAGUUCAUUAGUAACUUGAUACAGACUAAAUCGGGAUCAAUGCCAAGUUUGCAUGACAUAAUAAAAGGAAACAAAGACAUUACAGUGGGAACACUUGGUGUCCCAACAGUUUCAGGCCAUGUGUGAUUGUGAUUUGUCGACUUGGGGUUAGAACUAUCUCUUCCUGCUCUGUGUUAUGGUUUGCAAGGUACUUUUUUUGCCUUGCAGUGUCUGAACUUCAAACUACUAAUCUGCCAAUGCGAGAGUUUUCAGGGUAGAGAGUUGCACUUUUUCCACUGUCUCUCGGGAAACAGCACGUUUAUUUUGAAGGGUUCGUAAGAUGGAAGAUGAGUCUCUAACUUGGCAAGACGUGGAAUUAAUUGGAUGGAGAAUCAGCAUAAUUAACUGGUUACAGGUGGAACAGGUUUUAAACCAUAACUUCUGUGUCGAGCUGUAUUCCUGUUUCUUGCACCUUUCCAUAUUUGUGCCUUUGUAUAUUUAUAAUGUAGCUGAAAGAUGGAAUAUUCCAUCUCCGAUUUACCUUGGUGUUCAGCUUUCCUUUUUAAGUAUACAGAAUUUGACAGUGUAACACUAUAGUGCUGCAGAGAUGGCCUGCGCAUAGUCAGUUGAACUUAAAUUCCAAAAGUAAAAUGAAAAAGGUUACAGGACAGUGGGAGGGAGUUUCAAUGAAUUUUUUUGCCCAGCAAAUUGAUUUUUUUAUAUUCAUUUCCUUGUAGGUGAACUGAUUAAAUUGGUUACAGAUUUGUGUGCAUUUACCCUGGUACUUUCACAUCCUGGUACAGUGUUUUUAUUUGAGAUAUAUAUUAGAAAGGUGAUGUGUGAAAAUGCGUUUUUUGAAUGUAUAUAUUUGUGAGUGAAUGAGCAUUUGAAGAGAGCAUUCUUCAAUGGUGGGACAUACAUGAGAUGUUUAAAUCAUUAACUUAUAGUUCAAUGUGCACUUUCACUUUUUUUUUAUUCCAAUGCCUUUUGCUGAAUUGGAGUUUGUCAUAGCUUGUGUAACUAAUUUAAUACUGGAUUUCAAGUGUUCUGUGUCCUGUCCACCCCCUACCCCCAUUGGGUUUUACUCCAGUGAGGUAAUCUUACCCAGCUGAUCUGCAUAUUAGCCAGUUACAGCACUUGAGGACCGUUUAUGGGCUUGAGAGGGUCCAAAGUUGAGCAACAUUAUUUAUGUUUUUAAAAUUUGUCAUGUUUUGAGUGCUAUGCACAUCACUGUGGAACAUGAGCAUAAUGUGACUGCAGAGCUGUAGUGCCAUUAGAAAACUGUGAAUUUCUAAAUAAAACUGAACACUUCAUUGUC